UCAGACGUCACUUACAGCGUGUAAGCAGGAAGUGAAGAACUCUCCUAAAAAAAAAAAAAAACACUUGUAACUAUUUAUUUAUUUUUUAAGUUCAGUCACAAUUAUCAACUAAAGACUCAAACGUAAACAAUUCAUAAUAUUAAUUAUGAAGAUACAAUGGUAAAAAAGUUCAAACCGCGUGUUUUUUUUCAGGAAAAGUAAUUGAAAGUGAAAGCCAGAGUCUUGGUUAACUUAGGGCAGCCAUUACCGAGACGAGCACAGUUAAGCUUCGUUUUAGACAUGGCGGACAAGUCUUUUUUAUCGAGUUUAGAGGACGAUCUUUCCUGCCCUGUGUGCUUUGAAGUUUUCACGGACCCUGUUACUAUUAAAUGCAACCACAAUGUUUGUAAAGCUUGUCUGACUCAGCACUGGAAAAGCAAAGGAAGUCAGGACUGCCCUGUUUGCAGAAGGAAAUCUUCAAUGACUGAUCCGUCUGUCAAUUUUACUCUUCAGAAAAUCGCAGAGUCCUUCCGAAAAGAACAACACAGUAAGAGAUGUGAGACUUCUGCAGGCACAGCCUGUGAUGUUCACGGAGGGAAACUGAAGCUGUUUUGCUUGAAUGAGGGAGAGACAUUCUGUGAAGAUUGUACUUCAGAACAUGAAGAUCAUAAGCAUGUUUCAGUGCAGGAAGCUGUGAAAGGUUAUAAGAAAGACAUUGAGACUGCACUGGAGCCUAUGAACUUGAAGAUACAAAAAUAUCAAGCAUUCAAAACCCAAUGUGUUAACCUGGAAGACCACAUUCAGAAACAAGCCCAGCAAACAGAGGGGCACAUAAAGGAGGAGUUUGAGAAACUUCACCAGUUUCUACGAGAUGAAGAAAAGGCCAGGAUAGCUGCACUGAGGGGGGAAGAGGAACAAAAGAGAAGAAUCAUGAAAGAGAAGAUUGAACAUAUAAGUAAAAUAAUAUCAUCCAUGUCAGAAACAAUGACUGCAAUUGAUCAUGAGAUGAAGACAGAAGACCUUGUGUUCCUUAAGACCUACAGAAAAACUAAGAAAAGAGCAAAGUGGACACUGGAGGAUCCACAGUGUGUUUCAGGAGCGCUGAUAGAUGUAGCCGAGCACCUGGGCUCUCUGAAGUACAAAGUGUGGGAGAAGAUGCUGGGGAUUGUUCAAUACACCCCUGUGACCCUGGAUCCCAACACAGCAGCACCGUGGCUUGUAUUAUCUGAGGAUCUCACCAGUAUGACAGACAGUAGUAAGAAACAUUACUUUCAAGACAACCCAGAGAGGUUUGAUUGCUAUAGCUGUGUUCUGGGCUCUGAAGGAUUCACCUCAGGGAAACACUGCUGGGACGUGGAGGUGGGGAACAACACUGAAUGGGUUUUGGGUGUAGUAAAGGAGUCUGCGAACAGGAAAGAGAAAAUCAUUCUGGAUCCAGGUGAAGGUUUCUGGGCUGUAGCCCUGAGGAACGAGGAUGGGUAUAGCGCUUGCACAAAGUCACACACUAAACUUCCACUGGAGGGAAAACCUCAGAAGAUCAGGGUUCAGCUGGACUAUGGUGGUGGGAAGGUGUCCUUUUUUGAUGCAAGUAAUAUGACACCUAUCUACAGUUUUACAGAUCUAUUUUCUGAGAGAAUUUUUCCAUAUUUCUCAUUCGGUUUAAAUGAAAAUCAAACUGAGCCCCUUAAAAUCUGCCCCAUGACUCUAGAGGUAAAAGUGGAAUUGCCCAGUAUUUAAAAUGCUGCGUUCCGCAGAGCAAAGAGACUGUUGUACAAACUCUCCACAGCACACACACUUCUGAUGCAAAGUUCACUGAUGCAAAGUUCACUUCUCUUCAGUUCAAGGGUUCAAGUUAGUUCUUAAAUAAUUACUGUUUCUGGUCCACUUUCAGGAGGGUUGUAAACACAAACCAAGUUCUCUUUUGCUAGCCAGAUUCAAUUACGAAUGUUCACAUAUUACUGGUGCUUUAACAAUGCACAAAUCAAAUCUCUGUUUAGAAUGAACAAAACGCAAUGCAUAAUCUGUGUUGAGUCGACCGGUUUGCUGAAGAGUACAUGACAGCAGAGUUCUUAGCAAGGUUGUAAUAGUGAUUUAACCCUAUAUAAGGCAUGGAUUGACAUUCUUGAAUUACUUCCUGGUGAUGUACAUUAUUACAGUAUUGUUCUGAACAGACACUAGUCAAUGUUUUGUACAUUAAAGCCAAAGAGAAACUCCAGUGUAAAUGAUCCAGAACCCUAUACCAAAAGAAUCAAAUUUACACUUGAAAUAUUGUGCCUGUAUAUCCCAUUCUGACAAUAGUCUUAUUGCCUGGAACACCAAAUAUCCACAGGCACUUGCUUAUAUUAUAAAAUACUUUGUAAAAUAUUACGUUUUGAUUCAGUGCAAUUCCUAGUGUUCUUGUGUUUGCAUGUGGAGUUUUGCUUCGACUUUUACCAUGAAUAAAACUUGUUUGGUGAGUGUCAUAUGUAUAACAGUAAAAAAAUAUAUGUUAUAUUAAUAUUUGAAAUUAUAAAAAAGUAACUUUGUAAAACAGUUUAAAAUGAGAUGUACAUUAAAAUGAUCGUUGAAAGCUGGUGCGAUUUUAAUCUGUCCUGGUGCUAACAAAGUUUAAUGUUAAAAAAGAAAAUCAUUUUAUGCUCUGUUACUGUGCAAAACAAAUAUUCAAAUGUGGUGUAUUCCAUUUCCCUAGACUUAAUAUUUGUGGUUCUGAAAGAACAGAAAUGUGUGUGCUGCAAAGCCAAAAAUCAAAAGAAAACAUUUAGCUACUACAUACAGUAUACACACCUGCACUGGGGAUACUCAUGCUCCUGAAAUAUCUCUUUAACACUGUGACAAUGCAUGCUUUCUUCUUGAGACUUUGUUCACCCUUUCUGACACUAUAUUUGGUGGAAACAGCAAGUAUGUUUCAACAGGACGGUUCUUGUGUGUUUGUUUCUCUAGUAUGUUUCAUCCAGGCUUGGAUCGUCUUCUCUCUGGCACCAUGGAUCCGAGCUUUAGAAAGUUCUGAGUAAGUAAUAUCAGAAACAUUAGGAUCCAUUGGUGCAGGGGAGGGGAGUGUGGUGGCUGCCAACGCAGAGCCACCAUCUCUUUCACUGCAGUAAGGCCAGCUAACCAAACGCUAUCUGUUGUGGUGUUGAGUCAAGGGAUCUAUCAUCGUUCAAUAAGAAAACCAGAGCGGAGCAAGCGAUUAUUUUUACAAAUAUAGAAGAAAAAGCAGAGCGGAGCAAGGGAUUAUCAUUCCAAAUAUAGAAGAAAAACCAGAGCGGAGCAAGGGAUUAUCAUUCUAAAUAUAGUAGAAAAAGCAGAUGAACCAGAGCAGAGCA